ACUGACCUCAGCUUUUGGUUUCAGCGUAGCAUCUGAGCCGAAUAAGUUUUCAUAUUUUACUCUCCUCCACAUCUAGGGCGUCGCACCCUGUCAGCCCAUUGGUGCAGUCGGAGCCCGCUUGAGGGACACGGCUGGGAUGGAGAGUCCGAGCCUGUGGGACGGUGGAGCUGCCCCCUUCGUCACCUCCAGUGAGAGCCUAGUCCCAGACCCGCCUUGUGAUCUCUGCAAGGAAAGUCUUGUUCUGGGAUCAGAAAGAGUAGAAGAUGAAAAACAAAUGGUGAUAAAAAGCAGCAGUGAGUGUAAUCCCCUGGUACAAGAACCCAUUGCUUCUGCUCAGUUUGGUGAUGCUGAAAUGACAGAAUGCCGUAAGUCUGUCCCAUGUGGAUGGGAAAGAGUUGUGAAGCAAAGGUUAUCUGGAAAAACAGCAGGAAGAUAUGAUGUAUAUUUUAUCAGCCCACAAGGACUGAAGUUCAGAUCCAAAAGUUCACUUGCUAAUUAUCUUCACAAAAAUGAAGAGACUUCUCUUAAGCCAGAGGAUUUUGAUUUUACUGUACUUUCUAAAAGGGGCAUCAAGUCAAGAUAUAAAGACUGCAGCAUGGCAGCUCUGACAUCCCAACUGCAAAGUGAAAAUAGCAUUUCAAACCGGAACCUCAGGACAAGAAGCAGGUGGAAAAAAGAUGUGUUUCCUCUGCCAAGUGGUAGUUUGGAAUCACAAAAUAGCAAAGAACUAUCUAACUUCACUUCCAUGCAUUUGCUAUUGAAAGAAGGUGAAGGUGUUAAUGAUGUUGACUCCAGAAAGGUUAGAAAGUCCAGAGGGAAGAUGACUACUUCGAAAGUAAUUCAAAUUAAGAAAACUAAAACAGGGUGCUGGAAAAGUCUUCCAGAUUCUGUUCAAAGAAAUAGAAAAAGAAAAUCUGUGCAUAAUAAGGCAAAUGUUGAAAGUGAACCUGUUGUACAAGAAAGUCAGCUUGAUAGAACUUUCUGUAUUUCUGAUGCCACAGCAAGCAACAAGACCCUCAGUGUGGCCAAUGAAGAAAAGAGACUUGUAAAAGAAAAAUCAUUGAGUUCACGAUCAAAUUUCAAUGUUGAACAAGCAACUGUUGGCAUCAUAAACAAAUUAUGUUCAACCAAAGAAGCAGAACACAACAAGAAGAGAGAGGAUACCGUUUUAGACUCUGAGGAAAUAACAGAAGUAGAAGUUGGGGAAAGGAAGGAACAUUUGCAUAUUGACAGUUUAAAAUGUGGCUCUGAACUGGACAACAACUGCUCACAAACUGAGAAAGACUCUACUGCUGUGAAAAUAUGUCAAGAUACCAUCCCACUGACGCAAGUAGAGAAAAGGAAAACAAGUCUAUAUUUUUCCAGCAAAUAUAACAAAGAAGCUCUUAGCCCCCCACGACGCAAAGCCUUUAAGAAGUGGACACCUCCUCGGUCACCUUUUAAUCUUGUCCAAGAAACACUUUUUCACGAUCCAUGGAAGCUCCUCAUAGCGACUAUAUUUCUCAAUCGGACCUCAGGUAAAAUGGCAAUCCCUGUGCUUUGGGAGUUUCUGGAGAAGUAUCCUUCAGCUGAGGUAGCAAGAACCGCACAUUGGAGAGAUGUGUCAGAACUUCUUAAACCUAUUGGUCUCUACGAACUUCGAGCAAAAACCAUUAUCAAGUUCUCAGAUGAAUAUCUGACGAAGCAGUGGAGAUACCCGAUUGAGCUUCAUGGGAUUGGCAAAUACGGCAAUGACUCCUACCGAAUUUUUUGCAUCAAUGAGUGGAAGCAGGUGCACCCUGAAGACCAUAAGUUAAAUAAAUAUCAUGACUGGCUUUGGGAAAAUCAUGAAAAAUUAAGUCUGUCUUAAAACUGUGAAAUUUUUAAACUCGUUUUUUUAUGCACCGCUUUGAUUCUUCAGAGCUCCAUUAAGCCAACCAACUACUUUUCCAGGCGUAUAGAUUUUAAUCAACCCAACUAGAGACCUAAUUACGUUUUCUUAAUGUGUGUGCCACUGGUCUUUGCUACUGAACAUGCUAUAACAUGUUUUGAGAUUUCUUUAAAAAAUAAGUUGUGAUUUGACAACAAUCCUAAAAAUGUAUAUGACUUUUCCAAUAAUGAAAUGUGAUUUGAAGGGGGAAAAAAUUUUUCUAAACUAUCAAUAUUACAAAGCAAAUUUCUGUCAGUCUUACUUGAGGAAAGAUUAAACUUUCUGUUCUCUUUCUAUAAAGAUAUAUAAUCGUUAUACAAAGCAGUAAUCUAAAGAGCCCUGGCCAGGUAGCUCAGCUGGUUCAAGUGUUAUCUUGAUAUGCCAAGCUUGUGGGCUCAAUCCUGGGUCUUGGCACAAACAAGAAUCAGCCGAUGAAUGCAUAGAUAGAUGAGUGGAACAACAAAUUGAUCUCUCUCUCCCCCUCCCUCCCUCCCUGCCUUCCUCCCCCUGUCCCCUUCCUCUCUUUCUCUAAUACCAAUUAAAUCAAUUAAAAAAGAAGUAAUCAAAGAGUUUGCAGCCAAACAUGUAAAAAGAUAGUACAAUGGGUAUCAGGCAAUUAAUUUUUAAAAUAUGUUUACUAAAAGAAGCUAACCCCUCAAAGAAAAUUAAGAUUUUCAUGUGUUGGCUUUUAGGAAUUGGAGGUUUGACCCCAGCAUCCAUUUGAUAACCUAAUUGAAUAUCUGCCUUCAGCUCCAUUUCAAUACUGUCAGCUUCUAGCUCAUGCAUGUUACUUUGAUCCCUUUGUGAAAACUCAAGCAUUUAGCCUGGCCAGUGUGGCUCAGCAGUUGAACAUUGACCUAGGAUGCAGAAGAUCGAGGUUCGAUUCCUGGUCAGGGCACAUGCCUGGAUUUCAGUGCACAUG